AAAAGAAAACUGAGAGAAAUGAAGCAAAUUCCACCCAUCUGUGUCACGCUGAUAUGAUAUCUGUGCAGAAAGGAAAGGAAGGAAAUUAUAAGAAAAGAAAAGAGAACAAAUACCCCGCAUCUCCUCUUUUGGUCUUUGUGAUCUCAGUAGAAAUUACUAUGGCAAUUGUCAUAAGUUGUUAACAGAGAGAGAAAAGCAGAAGGAAGAAGAAAAAUGAAAGGAGGAGAAUACAGCGAUGAAAAUCUUCUAUUGAGAUCUCGAGACGACGUCAAUGAAAACCACGAUGUUAUAGACGACAAUGACGAUUUAGAAGGUGGUCAACUUAUAGCGACGGCAAACAGUCCAGGUAGUAGCGGAGGAGGAGCAGCCGGUGUGAUUAAAGAUCUCUUUCUUAAACAUUUGGAUCGAGGCUUAUCUGGUCGCCGUCUUUCUAGUUUCAAGCGAAUUGAUUCUAGUAGAGAUAGCCCUAAGCCUUCUCUUAUUCAUAAUCAUAAUCUUAAUCAUAAUCGUAAUGAUAAUGAUGAUGAUGAUGUUCUCGCUGAUAGUGCACCUCCAGAAUGGGUUUUGCUUCUUAUUGGUUGCCUUCUUGGUCUCGCUUCCGGUCUCUGCGUCGCUGCUUUUAAUAAAGGGGUUCAUGUAAUACAUGAAUGGGCUUGGGCUGGAACUCCUACUGAAGGGGCUGCAUGGCUUCGAAUACAGAGACUGGCUGACACUUGGCAUCGAAUUCUUUUGAUUCCAGUCACUGGGGGGGUUAUUGUUGGAAUGAUGCAUGGCUUAGUAGAAAUAUUAAAUCAAAUAAGGCAGACCAGUUCGUCCCAAAGACAAGGUAUCGAUAUGGUUGCAGGAGUCUUCCCUACAAUAAAGGCCAUUCAGGCUGCUGUUGCUCUAGGCACUGGUUGCUCUUUGGGUCCUGAAGGGCCUAGUGUAGAUAUUGGAAAAUCUUGUGCCAACGGAAUGUUAUUAAUGAUGGAAAACAACAGAGAAAGGGAGAUCACUCUUGUUGCAGCUGGUGCGGCUGCUGGGAUUGCCUCAGGUUUCAAUGCAGCUGUUGCGGGCUGUUUCUUUGCCAUUGAAACUGUUUUAAGGCCUCGCCGUGCUGAAAAUUCGCCUCCAUUUACAACUGCAAUGAUAAUAUUGGCUUCAGUUAUAUCUUCAACUGUAUCAAAUGUUUUACUUGGUACACAAUCAGCUUUUACAGUGCCACCAUAUGAUUUAAAAUCCGCUGCUGAAUUACCCUUGUAUCUGAUAUUGGGCAUGUUAUGUGGUGUUGUAAGUGUGGCGUUUACUCGCUUGGUCUCUUGGUUCAUCAAGUCAUUCGACUUUAUCAAGGAAAAGUUUGGCCUUCCUGCUGUUGUUUGUCCUGCUUUAGGUGGUUUGGGAGCUGGGAUAAUUGCUCUCAGGUAUCCUGGGAUACUAUACUGGGGUUUCACAAAUGUUGAAGAGAUUUUACAUACUGGAAAAAGUGCUUCAGCUCCUGGAAUCUGGUUGUUGACUCAACUAGCAGUAGCAAAAGUUGUGGCUACAGCUCUAUGCAAAGGUUCAGGGCUUGUAGGUGGGCUUUAUGCACCUAGUUUGAUGAUUGGCGCUGCUAUUGGUGCUGUAUUUGGGGGUUCAGCUGCAGAAGUUAUCAAUUCAGCUAUUCCUGGAAAUGCUGCUGUUGCUCAGCCACAGGCAUAUGCAUUGGUAGGAAUGGCUGCUACAUUAGCUUCAGUUUGUUCAGUGCCGUUGACAUCAGUUCUGCUUCUGUUUGAGUUGACGAAAGAUUACAGGAUAAUCCUUCCCCUCAUGGGUGCUGUUGGAUUAGCAAUAUGGGUUCCUUCUGUGACCAACCAGGCAAAGGAGACUGAAGCGUCUUCUACACGUACUCUGACACGGGGCUAUUCUUCUCUUUCAAAUUCUGAAGACAAAAAUGAGAUCUGGAGAAGAAUUGAUGAUGGAGAUGAUCUAGAGCUUUCUGUCAUAGAAAAUGCUUCUGAUCACGAAGCAAUCAAUGAAGAUUUGCUUUUGGAUGACUUGAAGGUUUCUAGGGCCAUGUCUAAAAACUUUGUAAAGGUUUUAGGGGCUUCAACACUGAAAGAAGCAGUUGACUGUAUGCACGAGAGCAAGCAAAAUUGUGUGCUUGUGGUGGAUGAUGAAGAUUUACUGGAAGGAAUACUAACGUAUGGUGACUUUAGACGACUGUCUAAUAAGUCUGAUGAGGCUACCAUAGGCGAGUCAGCAAUUAAAGAUGUAAAUACAUGUCUUGUUUCCUCGGUAUGCACCAGAGGGAUUAGCUACAGAGGUCAAGGUCGUGGACUGUUGACCUGCUAUCCAGACACUGAUUUAGCAAUUGCCAAGGAAUUAAUGGAGGCCAAAGGGAUCAAACAGUUGCCUGUAGUUAAGCGUGGUAGAGGCUCCUGGAAAGAAAGGAAGCGAAGAGUUGUCGCUAUACUUCAUUACGAUUCAAUUCGUAGCUGUCUCAGAGAGGAGAUAGCUCGCAGGAAGUCCAUCUAUCAGCAUAGAAAAGACAGCAGUCUUAACAAGAUGAUAGAAAGUGGACAUUAAUAUGUGAUAAAGGGAAGUGCUUGUCGAAUUUCAAACUCGUUUGGAUCUCCCUUGUAAGGGAAAGGUCGAAAGAGAGAUAUCACGGCUUUUACAAUUGUCUUCAUCAACAGAAUUAGAUCACUUAUAUUCGUCCGGUAACCAGUAUAUAAUCAUUUUCUUGUUUUGAGGGUCCAGAAAUGAAAAUACCCUACAAAGGAUUUUAGCAAUUGUGUAAGAUCAGUCAAGCAAAAUGCAUAUUGUAUAUGUAAUUUUUGUAGUUACAUUUCAGUGUUAGUGGAAAAAGAAAAGGGAAAGAAGAGUUCGAUAGUUGGAUCCAAGUUGAGCUCUUUUUGUUGA